ACAGUUAUUUAAACUUUUCAGUUUGUUUUCGAACGCCAUCACCAGAACAGUUUCGAGCGGGCCCCGAAAUAUCGUAGCGGAAACUGACCCAAUCUUUUGGUGUGAAAAACUUUUAGCCAAACAUUUACGAGCAGCCGGUGUACGUGGAAAGUUGGACGCAAAAGUUGUGUUAAAAUAGGUUGUGUUCAAUGGGAUGUUUUGUAGCUUUGUCCUUAGUUUUUUUGUUGUGUGUGUGAAAAUUUGUUGAUGAAAACAAAAUGCUCUAACAAUGAUAUAUAAUAUAUUGUAGUUGAAAUACUCGUCAGUUAAGUAACUCAUGGCCCAAUUAAAUCGGCAAUCUUUGGAUUAUAGUGCUCAGGUGGCUGAUCCUUUAGAGACAAAUUAUGCUGCUGCAUCUGCUAAUUCCCAACAAUGCUCAAGUUGCCCAAAUCCACAAGGGGAUUCACUCUCAAUGCAACAGUCUGUAGGACUACCAUCACCAGAUAACAAUGGGACUACUGAUCAAAAACCAGCACUUCCUCCAAAACCUUUUUAUGGACCACCAAUUUACAGAGAACCACCCAACCCUCCAAAUCAUGAUGUCCCCAAUCAUCAUCAUCACCCAGAUAUUUGCAUGAACACAUCUACACCACCACGCCCAUCGGAUCCAUUACCUUAUAUGCAUCAUGCUCACCAUUCUGAAAGACCAGAUCGACCUGGUUCUCGAACACAUGCUUGGGUGCAAGAACAUAAGACUUCUGGAAAACUUGUUGGUGAAAAAUGGUCUUCCCUUCAAAGGAAACUCCGAUCUUUUCUAACACAAUCUACUUCUAGUAAAGAGCUUACUGAGUUAGAAAAGGGACCAAAUGAUGAGGAAAAACCUAGAAUUGAGGAGUCUCAGGAAUAUAGUAUGCCUGGGUUUAAUGCAAAUCCUUCUUCAGUUGCUGACCAACGUUUAAGUUACAUAUCUUCUUCUUCAUUCAGUGGGAAUAGUGUUGCACUUAGCCUUUCUCAACCUGUUACUCAUAUGCAUCACUGUAGACCAUAUCAAGUUGAAAGACACCCUUUUGCAGCUUCAACCAAUGUUUCUGAACAUGAACAUGACCAUGAAGAAGCUACUGAUCCAGAUCAGUUACGUGAUACAUGCAGCAAAUUUUUUGCUCGAGAACAGAGAAUUAGCUGGUCAAAUUAUCUUAGUCCAAGAAACUGCUAUUCUAACAACAUCAAAUCAUCUUAUGAUUAUGAUAAGUUAGUGCCAAAAGAAGUUAUUGGGCGACCUUCCCAGGAAAAAAGGCCUGAAGUACCAGUUAAUCCUGAGGCUAUUUAUGGAGGUAUAGCUCCUUUUCCUAGUUUUAGUAGAACUCAUGACUCUGUAUCACAACCAUCUCAAUCACAGCAACCUGAUUUGCAAUCAGGAGUUGCAAGUGGAGCUUGCUAUGCCAAAUCAGUACACAACACAAAUGAAGAGAGUUCUAUACCAGCUCCUUCCAAUGAAGUUAAAGUGCCAAAUAAAAGUAAUGAAACUGUAUCUCCUGAUAAUUUGCAGCUUAAUUCUACAGAUUGUGGUGAUAGUGCUGAAGUGUACAAAUCUUCUUCUGAAUCAGGUAGAGGUACAAUGCACAGUAGUAUGCAUGGCUCCAAAAGUGUUGUUUCUCCUCACAGUAGUGGUGUUAGUGUUGCAAGCAAUUUAGAUACCAGUCUGGAUUCUGAUCACAGUGUCAAUGGUGGUAUCUGGGAUCAACAAGCUCGUGAAUGUCAGGAUAAACACUAUACUAAGGAUUGUCAAGUUAGUAAAGUUAGGCAUGUAUAUGAGACGCCAAAUACAUCUAUGACUUGUAGACAGACUAAUGAAAAAGAUGAGCAGAAUGAUGUAUCUAGUGAAAGUCUUUAUGAUAAUCCCUCUCAUCAAGCUGUUUCCCUUGCUGCUUCACCUCUUGCAAGUGCAGAAAAUUCUCCAAAAUUACCAUCAAGAUCCAAGUAUAAAUUUUCAAUGAGUGCGUCAGCUUUAAAUAGUUGCAAGAAGUCAAUUGAUCAUCAGCAGAAAACCACAGACACAGCAGUAAAAACCUCUGGUAAAAAGACAAGUAUGCGUAGAUCUACCAGCUCUAAUCAAGUUAAUUGUCGCCAUCGCAGUGGUAAAAGUUCUCAGUUCAGCAAAUCCACUUUUGGUGGCCAUAGGUUAGGCAUUGCCCAUGGCAAUUACAGUCCGAAAAAAUGCAGCAGUUCUCCUCCAUCCACGCAUCAUUCUAGAAAUCAAUUAGUUUCAGUUUUUCCAUGUUACCUUGAUAACGGUGACCCAGAACUUACAUCCAAUACAACUGGUCUUGAUAUGGAAAGUUUAUUAGAUGAUGAAGAGGAUUACAGUAGUGAUCUUAGUGCCACAGCAAGUACUCUGGAACCAACUGAAGUGUCAAUGAUCAGAAAACAGCUUGAAGGCUUGGAGACAAUGUAUUCUGAGAUCUUACACCUUUUGGGUGUAAAAAACUCAUGUAAAGCCAAUCCAUUUGCUGCUUCAAUAGAAACAUCACGUCAUUCUAGACACAAAUUAAACGGUAGCCUCUCAUCAUUAACAGGACCUAGUUCUACUAGUCGCGGAAAUCAUAGUUUUAUGGAAAAGAGGAGUGCAUCGGAGAAAAGGCGUACAAGAGAAUGCAGGACAAGUUCUGCUGGUAAACGUCUUCAAAGAUUAGAGAGUCAUGUUGUUACUUUAGCUAGAAGUGUAGCUCACCUUUCUUCUGAAAUGAGAACUCAACAUGUUCUUGUUCAGGAGCUAGAAAAUAUGCGGCAAGAUGUGACAUGGGUUCAAGAACGAUUGCGAUUGAUGCAACUUGCUCAAGGAUGUCAUCCAAAUAAUGGUGGGGGAAGGAAUCCAGCUAUUGCAGCACCAAGAGCUUGGGAUAAUUUUCAUAAAGAGGUUAUAGAAUUGCUGAACCCUUGCAGAGCAAAAAAAUUGACUAAAUUUUUUGGUGAUGAGCCACCUCUAAUUAGGCAGUUUCUAAAGCGGUUAGGAUAUGAGAAAUAUGCUACAAACUUUGAAACUGAAAAAAUAGGAAUAAAGGAAUUACCAUACUUAACUGAAGAACGUUUGCAAAAGAUGGGAAUUCCUAUGGGACCUCGUAUUAGAAUUCUACAAGAAGCCAUAUCUUGUUAUCCACAAAAUCAAUAUAAAGUGUAUAUUGUUUAAUCUAUAUAAGCUGUCUCAACUUUUUAUUAUAAAAGUUACUGUUCAGCAUUUUUGUUUUUAAGGCUCAUGAAAUCCAUUUUCAAGAUUACAACAUGAUUUUGUGUAAGGAUAAUUCACAAAGAGUGAAACCCUUAUUUUUAAUAUGUUUUCUCAUUUAUCUAAAUCUUAAUCUCAGAAAUAUAUUACACCAGUUUUUUUUUUUUUCAUUUUGUUAAAUCAAUGUCUAAUAAAUUUUGUUUUCUAAUUUUUUUAUGACUGGAGCUCAUAGCAGUGAAUUUAAGUUCUAUUUGUAUAUAAAUAAACUUUAUUGUAAUAUUUUUUCUGUUUUUCUAUUUGUAAAUGUCACUUGUUUUUAAACCGUUUUUGUACUGUACAUAUUGUUUGAAAUUUUUCUCUUAUACAAAAAAUAUUAAAACCUUUGUGAUUUUUUUUACACCAAAUAGGUUUCCAAAUAUUUCUUUAUACAGUUGUUUUGUCUAUCAUUUGUAUAUUUCAUUCCAUAAAUGUUGUAAAAUGUAAUUGUACUUAUAAAAUGCAUGCAUUGUGAUAAUGAACAAUUUUUUUCUACUUAAUUUUUCUACUCCUCAUUUGUUGUAAAAUGUUGUUUCAUUAUAAUUUUUACCUAUUCAAUCUCAUAACUACUUACAAAAAGUAGCAUCAUGUUUUUAUUUGAAUGUUGAAUAUACUUUUCUUGUAUUAUGUUGAAAAUUUUAUAUGUAUUUUUUUACAACAAAUAAUAAAACUGAAAAUUUUUCUUUUUGA